CGUCAACCCGGAAGUGCGCCGCGUCUUUGAAUACAAGGCGCCAGCGCCCAGCUGCAAACUCGCGAGUUAAAGUCCACCGCCUCGUUGCUCUCUUGUCAGACCCAAAGGGAUGCCAGCUUCGGAGCCGGUCCGGUUGGGUCGGAAACGGAACCUGCCAUCCUGUCCGAACCCGCUGUUCCUCGCGUGGCUCACUGAGCUCCGGGACCAGGCGAGAGAGAAGGGACUGAAGAUCCAGUUCACGUACCAGAAGGCCAUCAGCUCUUUGAAUAAGUAUCCAUUACCGCUUCAAAACGCCAAAGAGGCAAAGAUCCUGCAGAACUUUGGAGACGGCAUCUGUAAAAUCCUGGAUGAAAGACUGCAGCGGUACCGUAGAGAAAACGGUCCAGAUUCUCUCCCUGAAGGACUGCCCCCUCCUGGCAGACCGGACAACAACAGCCUGGCUCCCUCCAGAAAGAAGAAUGCAGCAGGGGAUCAAGGGAAAGAAGGAGGAGGAGGAGGAGGAGGAGGAAAGAAGAAGAAGAAGAAGAGGAGGAUGAGGGAGUACGUGCCCCAGAAGAGGUCUGGGGGUUAUGCAGUACUGCUCACCCUCUACAGACAGUCACAGAUCGCAGGAAGCAAAGGUUAUAUGUUUAAGAUGGAGCUACAAGCAGAGGCUCAGCUUCUCUGUGAUAAGUCUUUCACUGUUCCAGAUUUAGGCAGUAAGUACACCGCCUGGUCUUCAGUGAGCACUCUGAUCCACAAGAACUUCAUCACAAAGACCCACAACCCUGCAAGGUAUUCUCUGACUGAAGAGGGUCUGGCUUUGGCGGAGCGACUUGAGUCGGUAGAAGAAGACACUAAAGACUGCUCUGAGGGGGACAGGGAGGAGGCUAGGAGUGAGGAAGAGGUGGAGGAAGAGGAAUGUGGUGCUGGGCUUGUGGACCUCACUGCUAGUGAUGACGAAGAAGAAGAAGACGGAACAUCGCCUGCAGAGAGGCCGACGUGUGUCGCCCAGCAGAGGAGUGAGGUGGACGGGAUGAGUUUUUCGGGAAAACCCCAGAACUCACAGGCAACGAGCAGAAAGCCGAAUGCAGGAUGUCUUCUGCCUGGAGCCUACGAAGUUAUCCUCUGUGUGGACUUCAUUGAGACAACCGGCGGGAGCAACCACCGCAAGGAUGAGCUGGUCAAAGAGCUCCAGAGAAAUGGAGUGAACUUCGAUGUGAGGAAGCUGAACGUUGGAGACUUCCUGUGGGUUGCUCGAGAAAAGGUUGCACCUGUUCCAGGCCAGCUGCGUGCCCCUACAGGCAGGGAGCUCGUCCUUGAUUACAUCAUCGAGAGGAAGAGGAUGGACGACCUGUGUGGUAGCAUCAUUGACGGACGCUUCAGGGAACAGAAGUUCCGGCUGAAGAGGUGUGGUCUCCGGAGACCCUGCUAUCUGGUGGAGGAGUGCGGGUCGGCGGCCUCCCACCUGAGUUUACCUGAGACCACCCUGCAGCAGGCCAUAGUCAACACACAGGUAGUUGAUGGCUUCUUUGUGAAGAGAGUCCAGGAUGUGAGGGAGUCAGCUGCCUACCUCACCGUCAUGACGCGGUACCUGAUUAAACUCUAUCAGAACUGUACGCUGAUCUGUCGCUCCAGAGAGCUGGAGGGUGAUGGAGGGAGUGAUGAGGAGGAGGAGAGAGGAACGCCCUCCUGCUCUCUCAUCUCUUUUGCAGAGUUCAACCACGGUGCAGUCAAAAACAAGUGUCAGACGGUGAGAGAAGUGUUUGCAAGACAGUUGAUGCAAGUUAGCGGUUUGUCUGGAGACAAGGCAGCUGCUAUACUGGAGCAAUACAGCACUCCACACAGUCUUCUGACAGCCUAUGAACGGUGUGCGAGUGAAGCACAGAAAGAAAAACUCCUCUCUUCCAUCCGACACGGGAAGCUCAAACGAAACCUUGGUCCAGCUCUGAGCAGAACGGUUUAUCAGCUGUACUGUACUCAAGGAGCUCUGUCAUAGUCACCGGUGAACAUCUGUCAUUCACAUCUGUCUCAGAGACAAACUCAGGCUCACUUACUGUGAAUACAUUAACACUAUUAGUUCCUAAUUUACUAUGUAAAUACAAAGACGCUAUAUUUUAAUCUCUGUAACAUGCUAUUUGUAUAAAGAAUUUCACAAAUGUAUCCUCAUACUGCAUCAAUAAAAUGUAUUAUUUUGAA